AUGCAUUCCCUCGUCGCUGGUUACCCUCAGGAAUUGCUCUCUACGAUCUGCGCUCGAGUGUAUUGGGCCGGGUUCCCCCCUCUGAUAUCUUCCCUCGAUCCUCUCCUAGGCGACGGACAUGACGCACCAACCCACCUACCCAGCUCGUUUCCUCAGGCCGCAUGGUCAGAAAGCAUAUCUCGCAAAACACUUGCGUUCCUCUGCUCUGUCAGCCGCGCCUGGUACGCUGCCGCCAAGCCCUGGCUAUGGCACCGGGUCGAAGUACGGCUACCCUAUACCUGGCUCGCCCUCCUGGACGUUAUCGCGACGGAGGACUGGGAGGAUCUAACAGCUGAAGGUGCUGCUCUGGUCGUCGGACCUUUCAUCCGGGAGAUUACACACGCUGCCUUGGCAGCGAAGCCCACGGCGUCUUCAUCAAAGGAGGAGGCCGAGAUGCUGGAGCGCAGGAUAUUCGCCAGCCUCAGCUUGCCGGACAUAUCUAUACCCCCCGAACUCUUGUCCCCACCGGCCUCUCGAGACCCUAGUCCCCGUAGACUACGGAGACAAAGCAAAAGCCCAACGCGAUGGAGGUUUAUGCGUUCUCUAAGCGAUGCCGUGAUGACCGUCAUUCAGCGCGAGCAGCCCGAAGUAUACGUACCGUCGUUUCAGGAUGUCCAUCCCGGUCGACACGUCUUCCAUCUUAACUUUAAUCAUUUCCGCACAGUCGGUAUGCGACGAUCCGUUGACGAGGGCAUACAUCGUCGUUUCGUCACAGAUGUCCGUCUCGAGGCUGUCUUGAAGGCGAGCAGGGAGAUGCCCAACCUGCGGGUUUUUGGAGCCACCGAGUAUAUGGAUGGCGCGCUCACGUUCCCAGUACUGGAGGAGCUUUUCAUGAGGGGCCCGACGGAGUCGGAUGCUUCUGCACGCGGGCGGUCCCGUAUUGCCGUACCGCACACUACACCCGAGGAUGAGGAUCGCGAUCGAUGGGCGCAAUGCAGCGCAUUAGAGGCAGUCGACUUGACAGGUUGCGUCAGUUCCGUCUUCGUCGCCGCCCUCACGGAGUUCGUGAACCUCCAUCUCAGGAACACCGAGCAGCGGCGACUGUCGAAUUCACCAUUUACCGCGGGAGGCGCCGAACGAGCGUCGCCGGGGCGGGAGAACAGGCCCUUAGUGACGCUGCGCGGGAUUAAGCGGUUGGGCAUGCGCGGGACGAAGUCCAUCCCCGCGGACGUCUUCAGCACGUUCGUACUGUCAAUGCCACAUCUGACGCACCUAGAUUUGUCAUGCACGCGGAUCACCCCUGACCUCCUUUCGUUGCUGGCUAAGUCUUCCACCGUUCAUCUGCACACGCUCUCGCUGGAACGGUGCACUCGCCUCACCGGUGAGAGCAUACGCUCUUUCCUCGUCUCCGCUCCCGCGGCGCGUCAUAUCCGCGAGUUGAACCUCUACGGCGACGGCACAUUUCCUUCGCCUCUGUCUGCUGAGGACGUGCGGGAGAUCUUCGAAACCGCACCGUGCUUCACGUCCCGUUCCCUCGUGUACUUGGAUGUGUCGAGCGCCCCGCUCGAUGCAGAACUGCUCACGAAGGUCUUGCCACCGCAGCCCUUCCUGCGGUCGCUUGGUCUGGCGCACAUUCCGAAUCUGGAGCUCGUCCACAUCCGCAAGUUCCUCGAGGAGAAGGCCGCCGAUACUGAGGUGCUGACCCUGGUCGGCACCUCGCCUGAACUUGGCUACGGGCGGGAACGCGUUUCCGUCAGGCAAGCCUCGCUCUCGCUUCAUACGGGCCUCAUCACGCCCCUCUGCCGACCGCCAUUUUCGUUGUCUGCGAACCUGCCGCAGCCGCCCACGCGUCUGCGCGUGGUGGAGCUGUCGAUUCCGCUUCUGAGCGGGCUAGGUGGUGGCGCGGGGUCUUGGAGGGUUAUUCGAAGCAAGGGUGGCAGGGGUUGGUACGUAGACACCGGGAGCGGAUGGAUCGGUGCUGCUUCGGGCGAGGACGGGCAGGGGUCAGGCGACAAGCCGAUGCUGGCUAGAGAUCUGCCUGUGGGUCAUCCGUGGAGGGUCGAACUCGAAAAUCUGGCGAACGCGAACGGGAACGUGAGUAGUGGCGUGGGUUGGCAUGCGAGGAAGAUGGAAGUGUUGCACGGACAUGGCAUGCUAGGUCGUGAAGACGGACUCUACGGCGCCGUUGCGUUUGCAUACCAAGGGUAAAAAUUCCGAGGAAACCAUGGUUUCACAUCAUUGUAUUGCAACGUGCGAACGGUGCUCUGGAUGCAAGGCAUCGCCGCCGGUUCGUGCCAUUAAUUAAGCAACGUUUCUCGACGAUAUGUGUGUGCUGCUGCUAUUUUAC